AAUCAUCAGAGGCUGCGUUCCGAGGCCGUCAGCGUUUAUUUGACCGUAUAUAAAGCUUCGGUGGCUUUUAACUCUCCUCCAUGAGAUUCAGGCCGUGCGCAUAUGGUCGCCUCUUCCGGCUAAGUAACAUUACCGGCGACCUGCGCUUGUCAGCCAGUCCGUUGUGCCGUGUCGGAGCGUCAUAUAACCGCGGGUUUCCUUUACUAUUCGCCCGGAAACUCACGAUGCAGUCAAGUGGAAUUGUAAGCAAAUGUAGCGGUCGCGACGACGUGUGCUCGGGCAGAGUAGUGGAGCCUGGCCCGGAGCUUUUGAGCUACAUUCCCACCAUCACUGCAGAUGAUAGUAGUCCUCCCGUUGAAAAGAGGAGACUGGAACUUCUGUUAGAAGGCAACUGUGAUGACGACUCGGAGGCUGAGUCUUUUAAAGAUGGAAGAAGCGAAGAUGUGGACAGAGACACGAGGAGCAAGGCGUUUGUUUGGUGCAGAGACUUUCUGUCAGGCUCGUGGAAGAUUAUCCGAGAGGAGGACUUUCAAAUCAGCAUCGUCAGUGGUGGACUGAGUAAUCUGCUGUAUCUGUGUAGUCUGCCUGAGCAUGUGCACACUGUGGGAACGGAACCUCGUCUGGUGCUACUCAGAGUCUAUGGUGCCAUCCUACAGGGAGUGGACUCUCUGGUGUUGGAGAGUGUCAUGUUCUCCAUCCUGGCAGAGCGAUGUUUGGGGCCAAAACUAUAUGGCAUCUUUCCUGAAGGACGCUUGGAACAGUAUCUUCCGAAUACCCGCAUGCGCACAGAACAACUUUCAGAUCCCACCAUUUCAGCUGAGAUUGCCACGAAAGUGGCACAUUUCCAUGAAAUGGUCAUGCCCUUUAAUAAAGAGCCAAAGUGGCUCUUUGGGACCAUUGACAAAUACAUGGAUCAAGUGAUAAAACUUAACUUUGUCCGGGAUGCACAUUUGAAAAAGUACAAGAAGCUGAUGAAGAUGAACCUAGUUGCUGAGCUAGAGAGCCUCCGUGAACUGCUGGCAGCGACUCCAUCACCAGUGGUGUUUUGUCACAACGACAUCCAGGAAGGAAGCCGGAGAACCUGGAGAACAUCCACGCACACACGAGGAGAGCAUGCAAACUCGAACCCAGGUAACAUUCUUAUACUGGACAACAAGGACCAACCCUCAACCGACCUCAUGCUGAUAGACUUUGAGUACAGCAGCUACAAUUACAGGGGUUUUGACUUUGGGAACCAUUUCUGUGAGUGGAUGUAUAAUUACACCUAUGACCAAUGGCCUUUCUACAAAGCCACUCCAGAGAACUACCCCACCAGAGAGCAGCAGCUUCAUUUUAUCAGAAAUUAUUUGGCAGAACAAAGGAAACACUCUGACAUUCCCACGGACCAGACGCAGAUCGAAGAGGACAUGAUCAUCGAAGCAAACCGGUAUGCACUGGCUUCACACUUUCUCUGGGGCCUGUGGUCCAUCAUUCAAGCCAAGAUAUCCAAGAUUGAGUUUGGAUACAUGGACUACGCUCAGUGUCGUUUCGAUGCAUACUUCAAACAAAAAAAGCUCUUUUCCUGAAUUCCAUCAUGUGAAGACGUUUUCCUCUUCUUAAUCAUGUCAUGCGUUUAUGAACCUCUGGCCCUAUGCAGCUCUGGUUAUGACAAGUAAUUUAACACUUCAAUGCCACGCACGUGGAAAAAAACAGUUGAAUGAAGUACGUGCCUACGCCCGUAGAGAACUCACAAGCUCUACAGCUCUGAAUGUUAUUAUUUAUAAUUGAAGAGGGACUGAAACUUUUAUUUCAUUUUGUUUUUAUCACAUUUGUUUUUAAAAGUUGCACUUGAAGUUCUAGGACCAUUAUUUAGCUGAGGGACGAACAAUCGCGGUCAACAGCAUUCGUGUUCUUUUCUCUUUUUUUUUUCCACAAUCAUACUGUAACAGUAACAAUAGUAACUCGCUGCUUUUUGUGUUUGUUGUCAUUCUACCUCGCUCUGUAUUCAGUUAGGGAUUCCAGAAGGGCUGGUAUUUACAGUCAUCCUCUGUAACAAGUAUUUCUUUUAUGAAAUGUGUGAAAUAUGCUUUAAAGUUAAGUUUAGAAACUUAAUCAAAACAGGGCUAUUACUGUGUAGUAAACAAAUCUCUUCUUCUAACAAUUAAAACAGUAAAUAAGUGUCAGACAUUUAAACUGAUUAUAAUUGAUAUGGAUCCGCCUCUUUAGAUAUAUGAAAAUGAUUACCUGUAAAAUUCCGCUGGGUUUUAAAAAUAAUUUUAAAAGAAAAUCCGGUGGUUUAGUUCUUUGGAAUAUUAAUAUCCGGUGAAUUAAACUGUCCAUUGGGCACAUUUCUAUGUUAUGUAACCACUUUAAACAAGAUUGCCUAAAAUAGAGGCAACAGUUAUUGAAAACUGUUUUGGAAAAAUCACAUCACAUUUAACCUGAAUGUGAAGUGAAUUCCUCAUCCAUUCAUACCGUCCUGCCAUGAAUGUAUUUUGAUUAACAUGUAGCUGCGUCGUUUUAUUUUACUAAAAAGAUGUUUGAGUAUAACUUCUGUUUUUUGUCCGAGUAGAUUUUCACUCUUGUUAAAGUUCUGCUUCUGUUGGUCCUGCUUGCACAACAACAACUUAUCAUUUAAAAGCAAAUAAAAACCAGUGGUUAGAACGUGA